AUGAAAGAGACACAGCUUGCAGAGACCUCGAAGCAUGAUGAUGCCAGGCUACAAGCUGCCAAGGAAGAGUGUCAGCAGCUUCGGCAAUCUCUUCUUGCAGCCAGGAAACGCAUCUUAGGCUUGAAUACCGCACUUGCCAAUGUCGCCGAUAGUAUAGGCACAAGCUUAGGUUUGGCGUCUGGAAAUGACAAGGAUCCAGCCCGGUCAGCCAAUGAAGAAAGCGAAGCAUCAGAGAACGAUAGGCACGCUGGUUCGCCGCGAGCAACGAGGUCUCCGACCUUGGAAGACACCAAUGCAAAUGCGAUUGCCAUACAUCUACCUGUCUCCAUAAACGAUAUUUACGACUUAGACACCACCAAUAUGACCGACAUCAGUGAUUCGGCUCUGCACUCUGCAGUCGAACUUUUCCCGUGGGCUACGAAUGUCCCACUCACGGGCUCGCCAGCGAGCUUUGGUGUUGCUGUUACUCAAAGGACGAAUCAGGAAAACAAAACCGACAACAUAUUCGAAGAAUUGGACCGAGCGCAGACCACGGUAUCUCGGCAUGCAGAGUUGGAUAUUGUCGAUAAGCUUACCAAUCUCUCGGAGAUGGAGAUUGCAAACUUUGAGAGAGCAUACCUCCACGAUUCAAGGAUAUCAUCCGAUAGUUAUGUUAUGUCCCCACCGGGAAAUAUCAAUUUUCCUUCCGUUUUCUCAGGGCAUUUGGCAGCUUGCGAGUAUUUCAUAAAGCAAAGCAAAGCUUACAAACAACGGCGUAGUAAGGGAGGCAGUGAAAGGUAA